AUGAAAGAAAUAAAUCCACGUUCCGGGGGCCCGCCGCGACUUUCAUCAAGUUCUCACACAACCAUCCUGAACCAAGCAAUCGAAUAUGAACCCUUGAUUGCCGCUCCGUGUGACAGAACUCAAGCAUACCACUCGUUCAACAGGAAAUACCAAAUACAAUUGAAGGAGGAGGAAAGGGACCAAUCUGCAGUAAAUGAACUACGCAUAUACACAGAUGGCUCCAAAACACAGAACGGUUCAGGGGCUGGGGCACAUUCCCUUGACCUCAACAUGAACAUAUCUAUACCGCUCGGCAAACACAGUUCGAUCUUUCAGUGCGAAUGUGUUGCCCUGACCGAGGCAGCAAAAGCCGUGUACAGGUUAGGGGUCAACAAUUUCAACAUUAAAUUCAUAUCGGACAGUGCAGCCGUGCUUAAAGCACUACAGAACAGAAAAUCCAACAACAAACUAAUAAUCGAGUGCCACAUUGCCCUGGAAAAAAUUGCAACGCACAACGGAGUAAUUAUCCAGUGGAUAAAGGGGCACAGCGGAUCAUAUGGCAAUGACGCCGCGGACGAACUAGCGAGAGUAGGAUCCGAAUUCUUCCUAUUAGCCUUCUACCCCAAUGGGUAUUUCGAAGGUUUUCCUAGAGACACAAUCUGUGAUAAGGAAUUAGUUUUAAUCGCAAGGAGUCAAAUUUGGCUACUGGGCUUCAUAACUUUGCUGUUGGCCAUAAGCAGUGAAGGGGCUGAGAUUACUUGUCCUGAGGAGUGUACAUGUCGCACAACUUUUGAUCCCGAGGAAGGCACAGAGUUGCGAAUAUCAUGUAUUCGUGGAAAUAUGCGGGAAGUGCCUGUGGAUUUCCUUGAUCGAACCGCACAAGUACUUAUAAUCUCUGCUCCUCCAGAGCGCCCUAACUUUUUAACUAUUGGUCCUAUCUUCACCCAGCCUAUGCCUUUUGCUUACUUACGAGAGCUUCACAUUGUUAACUCAAAUAUUCCUUCCAUAGGACAAUACUCAUUUUGGGGUCUUCAAAAUUUGAGAUUAAUUAAUAUGAGCCACAAUAAUUUAACUAGUAUAGGAACUGAUAAUUUUCGUGGUCUUAUUAAUCUCACAGAGCUCCAUCUUGAUCAUAAUAAAAUAGAGCAGAUGCCUAGCGAAACGUUCAGACAUCUUACAUCGUUGAAAAUUUUGGUUUUAUCGAAUAAUAAAAUUGCUACGCUGGUACCUAGAUUGUUUCGAAUGCUAGCAAAACUAUUUUACUUGGACCUAAGUGACAAUCCACUGGCAGAUUUGAAUCCAGAAGUCUUCAAAGACAUACAACAUUUGAGAGUAUUUAAAUGUAGAAGAUGUCUUCUUAGGAGGGUUAAUACUCAAAUAUACCAUUUAGUACCCCAUAUGGACGAAUUAGAUUUAGGAGAGAAUCAAUUCAAAUACUUGACAUCAGACGAAUUUAUAAGUCUUAAGAAAUUAAAAAAAUUGAGACUAGACGGUAACCAGUUAUCUGUAAUAGUGGACUAUAUGUUUGGUCGGAACCGCGAGCUACGAGUUCUAUCACUUGCACGUAAUCGUCUCGCCUUAUUGGCGCCAGCAGCCCUCACCAAUUUAACUACACUCGUGCAUUUGGAUUUAAGCCAUAAUAAAAUUGACAAGUUUCAUUUGCAAACCUUUGCUCCUGUCGUAGACUCUUUAAAGACCAUAAAUUUUAGCGGCAACAAUUUACCUCUCAAUGAAAUUGCUAUAGUUCUUCAAAUUCUACCUGACAUACACGGAGUUGGUCUUGCUAAUUUAUCUUUGGAGGUGAUACCACCAAAUUUUUUCACCUAUAAUGAACAUUUGGUGGCAUUAGACAUAUCAUGGAAUAAAUUAACAACAUUUCCAUACAAAUUACUUACAAAAACUAAAUUUUUGCAGCGCCUAGAUAUAUCCCAUAAUAAACUGCAAAUAUUAAACGAACAGGAUCUACAAAGGUUAGAAGGUAUUGCACAGAUAGAUCUAUCUAAAAAUUCUUGGCGAUGUGAUCAGUGUUCUGCUGGGACGAUGCUAGUUUAUAUGACAACUACGGUAUUAAAUGGAACGAUAAGGCACCUUAAGUGUUAUUCUCCUAUGAAAUUACGAGGAGUAACCUUUGCAGAUAUGACAUUUGAUCGUCUAGAACCUUGUCCUAGUACACACGAAGCUCAGAUGAGUGUCAUAGCUGGAUUAAUGUUGCUGUGCAUUGCCGUUUUAGCAGCUGUCGCUGGUGCAUUAUGUUGUUCUCGACGCCGUGCGGCUCAAUACUAUACCAAUGAAGAGAAACGUCGCGAGCAUGAUGUGGAACACCCAGAGGAGCUUCUUGGAAGGACUGAAUUAGGUAGCGUAGCCACCAUUCAUGCUCCUUACCACUUGGUGUCUAAAGGCAGCUAA